AUGGCGGACCAAAGCGAAUCCUCAGCGGGAAGUGAAGGAAAUUUCGCCGUAAACUUCUUUAAAGAGCUGCUCUCGAGUCCUUUAAACCUGGCAUUACUUGGGCUUUGUGGCUUUCUUUUGUACAAAAUCGUCAUUGGUCAAAGAAAACCAGAUGCAGCUCGACCAAAGGAACCAGAACUUUCAAAAAUGAAAAAGCAAGAUAUGACAUUGGAACAGUUGCGUGAAUAUGACGGCAAAGGUCCAGAAGGGCGGAUCUUGUUGGCGGCCAAUGGGAAAAUUUUCGAUGUCACGCGAGGCAAACGAUUCUAUGGGCCAGGAGGUCCUUAUGGAUUGUUUGCUGGUCGCAAUGCUUCGAGGGCGCUUGCAACUUUCUCAAUGUCUGAGGAUGUGUUUAGAAAUGAAUACGAUGACCUGUCUGAUUUGAGCAGCAUGCAAAUGGAGAGUGUCAGGGAGUGGGAAAUGCAAUUCACAGAGAAGUAUGACUACGUUGGUCGACUACUUAAGCCAGGGGAGCAGCCAAGAGAGUAUUCUGACACAGAGGAUGAGCAAAGUGAAGACAAAUCAGAAUCUGAGAAGAAAGCGGACUGAACCACAUGGCCAUGUCUAGUCUUGUUUCUGGCCUCAUAUACACACACAAUAAUUAUUACUGAACCUUUGCAAAAAGGGUACUAGGGUUCAAAACAUAUUGCUUUGAAAUUUAUGUUCCAUAAAAACUACAUUUUGCUUAAACGUCUGAAUAUAUUGGCAUUAUAAACUACUGACUUGCCUGUUAUUACAAGUUGUAUAGCAGUGAAAGAUUGCAUGUGGUCCAAGUUCAUUGUUCUCCAUUGGUUUAUUGCAGCCAAUUGUAUUAAACUGGAUAAAUAUUUGGUUUGGUUAAAGAUAGCCAAAACAAAUACUGAUUGGUCAAUAUUUUUCUGAAAUUUAAAUGUGCAAAUAAGAUUCAAAGACUGCCUGUUUUGCCAACUUUUUUAUUUUUUGUCUUGGAAUGAGCAAAAUUUUGCGCAAAUGUCUGAAAACAAGUGCUAUAAGAAGGCUAAGAUCGCAGUUCUUCAUAUUAAUGGUGGAAAAAUGAAGUAUUAUGGCUAAAAGCGUGACUAACACUAAGAAAAUUGAAUUUCUCGGCCAUUUUUCGAACAGUUGAGAUCUGGUCUAUUGUGAGUUAUCUUAUAUGACUGAAUUGAAGGCAUUGAUGCCAAAAUCAGCAGAUUCUGAGAUAAAAACUAAAUAUAUGUCAAAUCUGUGAGAGUGCAGCUUUGGGACAACUUAUCAAAGUUUUGUUCAGCUGGCUGCAGGCGAUUUGUAUGGUGUACAAAUGGAGUAGUUGCGUCUGCUUUUAAAGCUUUUGUGUUGAAUAUUUGUUGUGUGAUUAUGAUUGACUUAUUUAUCAAAGCAUUGGUUAAUUUAAUAUGGCCCCAUUUCUAUUUUAAUUUUGGUUAGAGAAUCAACCUUUUCAAAAAUAUCUAGGGAAGCUACAUGUAGGUUGACUUCUGUAUCAAAGCAUUCGUAAAACCAUAUUUUACAGUUGACUCUAUAUACAAUGUACAAGACCUUUAGGCCACAUGUUCUUUUGAAUGACUGUCUUAAAACAAAUAAAAUAAAUCCAGUUUUGCAUAUUUGCUUUUCAAAUUUUUCAAAAUUUAAUUAGUGUUUUUUUAUUUAUUUAUUUUUCUAUUUAAAAACAGAAAAGUAAGUUCAGCAGGUUCCAGUAACGAAAAAUAAAAUGCUCUUUGCAGUAUUGCAUCAAUGACUAAGGUUUUAAACUCUUAAGAUCCAUAAUAAAACCACAGAUAUGAUGAAAAGUCCUUGAACUUUGAUUCUGGCUCAUGACUUGACCUUGCUGUUAAAACUGUUCUUAUCUCGAUAUGUGUCAGUUUUAUAUGACAAAAGCCCUGUAUGGAUGUUUUAUUUGUUGCAUAUUUGAAUUAUCAUUAUAACGUUGUUCUUAAUAUGUCGGUGUGAACUAAUAUGAAUUGUGUUGAUUCAUUGUUUUUGUCUGAUGUAUGUACAUGUCCAUUCCUCGGUAUUUUCAUAUUGGUGGGAUUUUUCGCUAAAUUCUUGGUGCUGUCCUCUUUCCGGCCUUUUCUCUCUGAACGAGAAAAUCUAAAUUACAAUAGAUUUAAAUGUAGAUAUUUUACUGAUAGCUUAAUUCUUAGAAACAAUUUCAUCGAUUGCAUUUAAAACUUUCCUUAGGUCACACCAAGUUAAUAUUUGUUUGAUGGAUUUUUCACACUUUUUAAAGAACUUCUUUGGGUAAUGCCUAAAAACAUACACAAGAAGAAUUAAAUUAUAGCUAUUCAGGAUUAUCAUUCUAAAUACAAGUAGUAACUUUCGAAAAAACAUGGUUUUGCAUUUAUCAGCUCUUGUUUUUUGAAACAAAAUUGAAUAGUUUUAUUCUUUUUGCGCCCUCUUGACAAUAUUAAUCCAAUAAUUAAAAAUUAAAUUGGUGUUGCCUUAGCUAGUAGCUUGUUUACAGUGAAGCAAUAAAUGUGAUUUAGAAUGUAAUUAUAUUGAUUUCUUAUGUAAUUAUAUUGAUUUCUUACGGAUAUUCUGUCUUAUUAUCGAUCUUCAUUCCAUGAAAAUGUGUUCAAGUGUCUGUUUAUGUUGUAACAGUAGAAUAGUGGUAGCAGGUGGAGAUCCCAUUCAUCCAACCUAUUUAAAAAAUUUAAACAGUUAACUCUUUUGCAAAUAAUAGAAAUUACGGUCCUUUAAAUUAUUCGACAUAGAAAUUGUGGUUAAGGUUUUGCCAGUAAGCACACAUAAGUUAAUAUCUCAACAACGACUUUAUGUAUUACAUUAAGACUUUAUACAAAUGUUCUCAACCAUCCAACCUACAUGUACUUAAUAAAUUAAGUUAGAUAAACUUGGACUGGUGAUCAGAUGUUCAUGCAGCAUUAAACUUACAAGUUUCUACACUCAUUUUAAUUGUGGAAUGUAAAGUGACGAAACAAAUCUUUUUGUAAGAAAGUACAUGUAACACAUACCAAGCAUGAAUUUUUAUGAUCAGUGUGUAGUUGGAUGCAUAAAGAUUUGUUUGAGAUUUUAUUGUACAACUCAUGUUUUGCUGUUGAACCCUGUAAUAGUUUCUUGGUUUCUUGUUCAGUAUGUUAUUAGUAUUGGCAAGACUAUUCGUACCUACAUGUAUGUAAAAACAUUCAUAAAUUUUAAAGUUGAAACAGAAAUAAAGCUGUUGGUAUAAUAGGGAAUGAGGUGUGCUCCCACAUCUUAUAUAUCAAAAUUUUCAAACAUAUCCAAAAACUGAAAGUCACAUUUGUUGAUAACUAGUAACAAGCUUAUUUAUAUUUUUAGUCAUUAUCUUAAUUUUAAAUUACUAUUAAAUUCAACAUACUUUAAUGCAUCCUCUGUACCCAAAUGUAUUCAUAACAUAAAUGUAUGGUACCCUGUGCAAAUUGGCUAGCGAAACUUUGUAAAUCUUGAAUAUUUGUAAGCAUUUCAAGCAUUGGCCAAUAAAUUGCCAAUAACAAAAAGGAAAGAAUCUCUUUUGUAGAGAGCUAUCAGGGAAUUUAACAAAAAAAAUAUUGGUGUCCUGUCUUAAAUGAUUUAAAAGCUGCGAUCUCAUUUCAUCAUUUGGAACCGAUAUUACAUCUGUAACAUAUCAGCCAUUUUUGUACUACAUAGGUGCGUCUCAUGCAACCUCAUUUUUAUUCAGGAUUAGAGAUCUUUACAGCCGAUUUGCCCAGGGUAUCAUAUAUGUUAUGAAAACGCUUGGGUGCCAAGGAUGACUUAAAUGGUAUUAUGCAGGUAAAGCCUCAAUAAGAACAACCAUGAAUGCAUAUUUUGUAAAAGGAGGCUUUAUGUUAACUAAUGUUAACUAUUGAAUUGUUAUUUUGUUUGAUUAUGGGAUAAAACAUGAAAUGCGGGCUUUGUUAAUAUUACUUUGAUAUACUUCAGUUAUUAAACAAAGCUCUUUCUGUCUGUGAUUACCGUUAUCAGUAAUUUUCUUGCCAACAGAGGCGUUGCAAAACACUAAAUGUACUUGUUUGUGUAGCUAUGCGUAUACCUACAAGUUGCAGUUAGUCCUAGAAAUUGUUCACAAAAUCUCUCACAUAAAAUGCAUUCCUGGUGAUUGUGUAAUGCACUGUCCUUGAUGACUUAGCCACGGCCUGUAAAGUUCAGGAUUUAUCCAGAGAUACUGGGAUUGAUAGCUUUUUCUUUUUUUUUGCUCUGACAUUUGCAUAAAAAACUGUAGGAAGUACCAUGAAAUAAAUCUAAAUGACUUUGGAAAACACAUACUGCUUAAAAUUUGUAAAAUGUGCACACUUCUGGAUGACAUAGCAAAGGGAAAUAACCCUGAACUUUUAAAUUUUAAUAGACUAUUGUACAGUUGUGAAGAAAGUUUUUUGCUGGGACAUUUGCAUUAAAAGCUGUGGGAAGUACCUUGAAAUGAAAAUAAAUGACAGCACUUUUUCACUGCUUUGGGCAUAAAUCUCUUCAUUCUGAAAAAGACCCCUGGCUAUAUUUCAGGAUUGACAAUUAUUAGCUAUUAGAUCCUCUGUGUAGCACUCAAUAUGAAGUUUGCACAUACAUGUAUAAGUAGCAUUUUGCAACCUUCCUAAUGGCUUUAAAUUUCAGUUCCAUUGUUUAUGUAACUGUUUUUAUAUACUUAUGUUACUAGUACUUAUUUAUAAUUUUUUCAUUGGGAACGUUUUUCUAUACAGAUGUCUUUAACACAAUAUUAAACAGUUUACCAUGUCAGAAUUUAUGCAUGUAUUUUGUUACAUUUGUAAAAGAAUAAAUUUCACAAUCAUAUAUAUAAAACGGUUAGGUACAUGCAUAUAUCAUAUUUAAUGGACCAAAGCAAGACAUACUCCUGGAGACAAAGUCAAUGUGAUGUAACUUCUUAUGGUACAUAAAACAGGAAAACAACAUCAUCCAUCUGUUAGUGUUUUAAAUGAACUGCAGCAAGCAGUAAUAGGUAUUAUCGUAAAAUUUCAAAAUUGGCAAUUUAUAUGUGAAAUAAAUUUUAUAUAAGAAAUAUAAAAGAACCUAUGACCUUCAAUAUUGUCACGCUGUUGGAAUUUCCAUUUUUUUUAGUUGCAGGAAAUUAUGACAUCAUAUUUGCUGCAAGAAACUAUGACAUCAUAUUUGCUGCAGGAAUCUAUGACAUCAUAUUUGCUGCAGGAAACUAUGACAUCAUAUUUGCUGCAGGAAUCUAUGACAUCAUAUUUGCUGCAGGAAACUAUGACAUCAUAUUUGCUGCAGGAAAUUAUGACAUCAUAUUUGCUGCAAGAAACUAUGACAUCAUAUUUGCUGCAGGAAUCUAUGACAUCAUAUUUGCUGCAGGAAACUAUGACAUCAUAUUGGCUGCUGAUGUCAUAAAAACUAUAAGACUUAUUAUUGCUCGUUGGGGUUUAAAUGAAUGAGUUUAUCUAAUGGUUUAAAUAUCCAUGGUUAUAGUAUUUAUCUUGUGACAAAAGUAGUUUUGUUAAUGUAUUGUUCACUGUUUUAAAAGACCUUGUUACACAUGCAAGUUUGAUUUCAAGAUAUAAAUUUCGAAAAAUAUAUGUUACAAAAGAUAACUUUUCUAAAGUGUGUAUCAGGUAAUUUUGAAAGCAGUCACGUUAUUUUUUUAUCAUCAAGUGUUAAGUGUGACGUGAUAAGUGUGACGGCAAUAAUUUCUGUACAAGAAAGGGAAGUAAUGGCCGUGUGGAGUUUGAUCAUAUACAUGUACAAGCAUUGAUGAAAGUUGUCAGGCAGUUAUCACAUACAAAUAUAGUACUUGAAGUAUUUUAUCACAAAUUAUCAUGAUAAUCAUGUUUUUUUUUGGCAUAGCCGUUCAAAGAAAGAUAGUUAAUUUGACAAAAUUGGUGCAGUCUUUGGGAAUGUUACAGAAAAAAAUGUUAUUUCAUGUUUAUUUUCUCUGUAAUGUUCAAAAUGGCUGUGCCUAUAAUGUUAGUAUCAACUAUUGUUCUUUGAAUGACUAAGCCCAAAAUACUUCUUAAACAUGUUUAAAUCACUUUGAAACAAAAAAAACCUGCUCAACUUUUCGCACCACAUUAUUCCACAAUGAACAUUAUGAUGUUAUUACCGAAGCUUUAUUUUCAAAGCAUGCAUUAAAGGCGCACAAUAUAGAUUGAUGAAAAAUUAUUAUUUUUUCACUUUAAUGCAACUUUAUGUUGAACGCAUUUGACUUUUACGGUCCAAAAAAAAAAGUGUACAAUUUGAAUAAAGAUAAAAAAUAUUUGCCUUUUUAUACAUGUUUUUCUUUAAAUUAAUAUCUCCAUCCCCAAUUUAAAUAGUGCACAAUUAUUGCUUAUAUUAUCUUAUAAUAAUGCAUAAUAAUAACAAAAAAUGUUUUUACUUCAACCUAUGUUUUGCGCCUUUAAUAAAUAGUAUUUUUUCUUACAAACAGGAUGCCAUACUGUAUACAAUUUUAAAUUUACUAGAUGCUAUUUUCUUAUAGAAAAUAUGUGUUUAUUUAUUUGUGUUGUAAAUAACAUUGAGGCUUUAACAUUGAAUAAAAAUAAAUUAAAGGUU